CAAGUAGUCAGGCCUUGCUUCAAACCUCACUCCGCCUCUAGAAAGUUUGACACAGCACCGGGUCUCAAUCACAUCAGCAACCCGCCGUUUUCCCUUUUGGCCAUUUUUCGAAGUGGGGUUUCACCGUCGCUUAGGGGUUGGUACUGAGCAGGAACUCAUACUCACUUCAAUCAUCUAUCCCGACGACUUUGUUCGCCCGCAGGCCUGUUUAAUCAACCAUGGCCGCUCAGGGUUCUGAGAGUAUCAAUCUGGAGACGCUAGACACACAGCAACUCAGUCAGGUCAAGAAGCAGUUGGAAGAAGAACUCGAGCACUUGACAAACUCGUUCGCCCAACUACACAGCGCGCAAUCCAGGUUCAAGGAGUGCCUCCGGUGUGUCAAGGCCAGGCCUGGUGCUGGGGAUGGCGACAAAUCUGUCCUGGUGCCGCUAACCAACUCUCUCUACGUACGUGGGGAGCUUUCGGAUCCAAAGCACGUCAUCGUCGACGUGGGCACAGGAUUCUACGUCGAGAAGGAUACCGAGUCUGCCGAACGUUUCUACGAGGCCAAGAUUCAGAAUUUGAUGAAUAACAUUCAGGACCUCGAGCUGAUCGUGCAGCGGAAAACGCUAAAUGUGCGAAGUGUUGAGGAUGUGCUGAGGCAAAAGGUUUUACAAAGCCAGACAGCAUGAAUAGCAAUGGGGUGUUAUAAAGCAGGCUACUAUAACUAUUGUACAAAAAUAGCACCGUGACUACUAUUACACUAGGCACUAAACCUCUAUAACCCCGAACCUUAAGCAACUAGCGGACCU